AUGAUAGAAAAAAAAAAUGAAAAUUUUAAAAAGAUUUCCCUUAAUGUUAGAAAAAAUGAAAAUGAUUUGAAUGAACAAAAUAUAGCAAAUAAUGAAUCAAAGAUUAAACCAAAUCCAAAAGAAAUUAUCCAAACAUUAAACACAAUUGAGAAUAUUAGAGAAGGUACAUAUGAAUAUAAAGAUUUGCAGGAAAUUUAUUUUAUGAAUGAUUUAGAUUUAUUAAAUAUAGUAAAUGAUACAAAAAAUGGAGAAGAUAAAAUAAAAAAUAAAGAUAAUAAUAAUAAUGUAUAUAUGCUAGAUAGUGAUGUUGAUAAAGUUUGUAUAAUUCGAUUUCCUUUAUCAAUUUCAAAAGAAAUAAAAAAAUAUUUAUUAAAAAAAAAUUUAGAAUUGGAAAUUCACCCAACAAGUUUAUUAAAUUCAAGAUUUUUUAUAAUUCAUUUUAAAAAUAUAAAUAAAAAGUUUUAUGGCAUAUUAGUUGAAUUAGCUACACAUAUAGAAAUACAUAAAACGUUGGAUGGAAUAAAUCUUUAUAAAACAAGUGAUGUGUCUCAAAUGAUAUAUGUAUAUGAAAAUAAUAAGAAUAGUAAAAAACUUCUCAAAAGAUUUAUAAAUAAUAAUUUUCAAUUAAAUAGUGGUAUUAGCAAUAAAACUAAUAAUUUUAAUUUUCAAAAUUAUGCAAAACUUUAUAAAUAUCAUGAUAUAUACUUUGCUCAGAAGCUUAUAUAUGAAUAUUUAAAUUCUGAUUUUUAUGAUUAUUAUGAUAUGUAUGUUAAAACAUAUAAUGAAAUGCUUAAUCAUAUAAGUAUUGAAAAAGAAAAUAAUAAACAAAGCGAAAUAGUAGAUGAAUUAACAGAUUUAUCGGAAAUAUUAAGUUCACUUGAUAAUACUUAUAAUAUAAUGAAUCAAAUAGAAAAAGAAAAUGGAAAUAUUAACUUUGAAGUAUUAUUAAAUUAUGAAAUUGAAAAUGAAAACUAUGAAUCAGAUGUGUCUGAUUUAUUAUUAGGAGGAAAUUAUUACUUAAAAAAAAAACAGUGA